GCGGCAGUGGAGACUCAGUCGAGAUGUUUAGUGGUUUCAUGCAUGAGAGGAUGUGACAGAUGGAAGCCUGUGAUUAACCUAGAAGAUGGACAGGACAAGCAGACAGCUGCGCGGGUGGAAGGCUUGUUCUCCCUGCCUUGCUGAAACUGCUUUGUCAUUGUCAGUGUGUUGCUUUGAAAUUGAUUCUAAUACGUUGGAGAGAAGUCCUGGCCCUCGGUGGAGUGGACUGUCGCCACCAUGGGGGAGCUCUUCCGCAGCGAGGAGAUGACGCUGGCGCAGCUCUUCCUACAGUCCGAGGCGGCUUACUGCUGUGUCAGUGAGUUAGGGGAGCUCGGCAAGGUGCAGUUUCGUGAUUUGAAUCCGGAUGUGAAUGUUUUCCAGCGAAAAUUUGUGAAUGAAGUGAGAAGAUGUGAAGAGAUGGAUCGGAAGCUCCGAUUUGUUGAGAAAGAAAUCAGAAAAGCUAACAUCCCAAUCAUGGACACAGGCGAAAAUCCCGAGGUGCCCUUCCCAAGGGACAUGAUUGACUUGGAGGCCAAUUUUGAGAAGAUUGAAAAUGAGCUGAAAGAAAUCAACACGAACCAGGAAGCGCUGAAGAGAAACUUCCUGGAACUAACUGAAUUAAAAUUUAUACUUCGAAAAACCCAGCAGUUUUUUGAUGAGGCUGAAUUGCAUCAUCAGCAGAUGGCGGAUCCAGACCUGUUGGAAGAAUCCUCAUCCCUCCUGGAGCCGAGUGAGAUGGGAAGAGGCACACCGCUGAGACUGGGCUUCGUGGCUGGUGUCAUUAACCGUGAGCGCAUCCCGACUUUCGAGCGCAUGCUCUGGCGGGUGUGCCGGGGCAACGUGUUCCUGCGACAGGCCGAGAUCGAGAGUCCCCUGGAGGAUCCCGUGACUGGUGACUACGUGCACAAGUCUGUGUUUAUCAUUUUCUUCCAAGGCGAUCAGUUGAAAAACAGAGUCAAGAAAAUCUGCGAAGGGUUCCGAGCCUCACUCUAUCCCUGCCCAGAGACUCCGCAGGAGAGGAAGGAGAUGGCUUCUGGAGUGAACACCAGGAUUGAUGAUCUCCAAAUGGUUCUGAAUCAAACGGAGGAUCACCGCCAGCGGGUUCUUCAGGCUGCGGCUAAGAACAUCCGGGUCUGGUUCAUCAAGGUGCGGAAGAUGAAAGCCAUCUACCACACACUGAACCUGUGCAACAUAGAUGUGACCCAGAAGUGCCUGAUUGCGGAAGUGUGGUGUCCCGUCACUGACCUCGACUCCAUACAGUUUGCACUCAGAAGAGGCACGGAACACAGUGGCUCCACCGUGCCCUCCAUUCUGAAUAGGAUGCAGACAAACCAGACUCCCCCAACCUAUAACAAAACCAACAAGUUCACAUGCGGCUUUCAGAACCUGGUCGAUGCUUAUGGAAUUGGAACUUACCGAGAGAUAAAUCCAGCUCCCUAUACCAUCAUCACAUUCCCCUUCCUGUUUGCUGUGAUGUUUGGAGACUUUGGCCAUGGCAUCUUGAUGACUCUUUUUGCGGUGUGGAUGGUGUUGAGGGAGAGCCGGAUCCUCUCCCAGAAGAAUGAGAACGAGAUGUUCAGCACUGUGUUCAGUGGCCGCUACAUUAUUCUGUUGAUGGGCGUGUUCUCAAUCUACACUGGCCUCAUCUACAAUGAUUGCUUUUCCAAGUCUCUGAACAUUUUUGGGUCAUCCUGGAGUGUACGACCAAUGUUCACUAUAUAUAAUUGGACGGAGGACACACUCCGGGGAAACCCUGUACUCCAGCUGAACCCGUCUGUCCCUGGUGUUUUCGGUGGACCGUACCCUUUUGGCAUUGAUCCGAUCUGGAACAUUGCUACCAAUAAGCUGACCUUCCUCAACUCCUUCAAGAUGAAGAUGUCUGUUGUGCUCGGCAUCAUCCACAUGCUGUUUGGCGUCAGCCUGAGCCUCUUCAACCACAUCUACUUCAAGAAAUCCCUGAAUAUCUACUUCGGCUUUAUUCCUGAAAUAAUCUUCAUGACCUCGCUGUUUGGCUACCUGGUCAUCCUCAUCUUCUAUAAGUGGACAGCCUAUGACGCACACACAUCUGAGCACGCGCCGAGCCUUCUGAUCCAUUUCAUUAACAUGUUCCUCUUUUCCUACCCGGACUCUGGUGCUUCGAUGCUGUAUUCUGGACAGAAAGGAAUUCAGUGUUUCCUGGUGGUGGUUGCACUGCUGUGUGUCCCUUGGAUGCUGCUGUUUAAGCCCCUGGUUCUUCGCCAUCAGUAUCUGAGGAGGAAGCAUUUGGGAACUCUCAACUUUGGUGGGAUCAGGGUGGGCAAUGGACCCACAGAGGAGGAUGCUGAGAUUAUUCAGCAUGACCAGCUCUCCACCCACUCAGAGGACGCGGAAGAGUUUGACUUUGGGGACACCAUGGUGUACCAGGCCAUCCACACCAUCGAGUACUGCCUGGGCUGCAUCUCCAACACUGCCUCCUAUCUGCGACUCUGGGCCCUCAGCCUGGCGCAUGCACAGCUGUCUGAAGUGCUGUGGACCAUGGUGAUUCACCUGGGCCUGAGCGUGAAGAGCCUGGCGGGAGGCCUGGCGCUGUUCUUCAUCUUCACCGCCUUUGCCACCCUAACUGUGGCCAUCCUGCUGAUCAUGGAGGGCCUCUCGGCCUUCCUGCAUGCCCUGCGGCUGCACUGGGUUGAGUUCCAGAACAAGUUCUACACUGGGUCUGGGUUCAAGUUCCUACCCUUCUCCUUCGAGCACAUUCGGGAGGGGAAGUUUGACGAGUGAGCCGCUGAUGUGACCCUGGCCCCUCCUGCCCUGCGUGGUGAUUGGUUGUGUUCCUUCUGGCUUUUGGUUGUGAUCCCAGGUAUCAGGCUCUGUGUUGCCCCUGGCACCUGGCUCCCCCUGCCCAGCUUGCUGUGUGUCAUGAUCUCCUGCAGAG